AUGCGACCGCCUCUUGUCGCUGGCCAGAGCUCCCACGAUGGUCUUCGAUACCUUGUCUGGGCGGCUGCUGCCCAGCUCUCGCGAACGCUCCUUGCCACCGAGAAGGCCCUGGCUCCCGGUCCUCACGCUGUUUCCAGCUCCGGGCCUGGCCGCUCUCACCGCCAGCAACGCUCGCUUAUCCGUAGAGCCGUGAAACAGGCGGCUUCGGAAAGCGACCCGCUUUUCGAGAUGCUCUGCCCGCUGCCAAUAGCCAAUCCGGCAUCGUCCUCGUGCCAAGGCACACGGUCACAGGCAUGGACCGAACUGUCCGCUCCGUGCUCCUGCUCUAAACAAGUUGCGAUCAAGCGGCCGUGCCGCCACCAAUUGCACCCCCUGUCGCCUCGCUCUGUCGGAAGCGCAGCGGCCGCCCCGAGACAGCUCCAGCAGCGCAGGCUUGCUUCGACUUCGGCUACGGGCCAAUCACCAUCCUCUUCUGCCGAGGGGCUGGCUGAAGGCCUGUACGAAGGUGAUGGUCGGGACCAGCCGAUCGAGGCCGAAGGACGACAGCAACUCGGGGCUGCGGCCGUCGCGGCGGAAGCGGCGGCUUCCGCCUCGCCUGAACCGGGGCCAUCGACCGAGGGACCGCAUGACCACCUGGACGACGCGCGCUGGGAGGCCGAGACGGAACCACUCGACUUUGACCCCCAAGCCGCCAAGCGCCUGGAACACUGGAUCGCCCCGCUACAGCCCAGCUCAUCUGGUGUCGACCCGCAGGUCAACGCUCGGAGAUACGAUGCGCUGAAUCGCGCCCUCGACGAGCUUCCCACUUUGCCCAAAAAGCACCACCACGAUCUCCGCGAGAGGCUCUCUGAUGCCCUCAGCAAGGUCUGGUCCGCCUAUCGAUCCAUCUGCCACAUGGAGCGCAUGCCGCUUUCUUUGCGAGUGAGGACGGCCAGGGCCAUUGUGCGCACGACGAGGCUGAUCAAGUCGCAUCGCCAGUCCUUUCCCAAGAUCCUCACCGUCAGCAACAAGCAAGGUCGCCGUCUCACCGCCAUCGUGCGGGACUGCCACUUCUUCACCCGCUAUGCCCAGCGUACGCAACCGUCCGACCGGUACCAGUUUGCCAUCGACAACUUCGAGGUGCAGGCAAAGGCGCUUCUGGGAGAAGAAAUCAUGGCCCGCAAGCAGCUCGUAACUGUCAUGGAGCCGUACAAGGACAGCCUGCUCGCUGUGCUCAAGGACUAUGUCCCCAUCGGCGUGCAUCUGCCCGAGGAGGUUGCCACCGAUCUCGUUGAGUCAAUGUGCGCCAUCCUCGACGCCAUGAUUGCGCGGGACCAGAAUGCACGCUUCCGUGCUGCCAAGUUGCAGGAGCAUCCCGUCGAGGAGCUCAAGCCCUCGGUCGGCCUGGUCCCAUCUGAGCCGGUCAAUGCCGGCGAGCGCGCAAAGCCCGCGCCGUCGCGGCAGGCCAGCAUGCUCGUCUGGCUUCUCAAGAACCCACACGCCUUUGCCUUGGUCAACUCGAGGUCUGUGAAACACGCCGGAGCCCGCUUUGGCGAGUUCAUGUCGGCGGUCGACGAUCCAGUCGAGAUGCUAGAAAAGGCGAUCGGAGACGCCGACUGGGCAAGCCUUGGCCCUUCAACGGCCGCGACGCAGUUGAUGCUUGCCUUUUUCCACUCCUCCGUCAACCUCACUGCCAUCGACGUCUACCGCAACGCCACUCGCCGCGGUGCCAGGAUCGACGAGGCCGCCGCCCGGUACGCGCUCCGGCUCUCGGUCUUCCAAGAGGACACUGUCACGACCGAGGCUCUCAUCCGGCUCAUCACGCAGAACAUGGCGCGGGCCGCCAAGCUUGGGUGGAGGGAAAACCGGCACCUCAGCCCGUCGACGAUAGCCACGAUUGCCAUGUUCCGGGCUCGCCAUGCUCAGAUCGAGAAGAUGGAACAGUCUCUGGCCGAGUUGGAGCGACAAGCACCGGAUCCCGACUACGCGCGCAACGUCGCACGCCAGGCGCGGCUGGAGUCCAUUAUCGCUCGGGGCGACUUGCAGGGCUGCCGCGCGGAGAUGGCAAAGGUCUACGAUGUCGACGGCCUCGGUGCCGAGUCCGACGCCCCGUCCGCCAAGGCUCGCCCCGACCGGGCCUACUUCUUCUCGCUGCUGCGCUGCUGCAACAACGCCGACGACGUUGAGAGCGCCGUCAAGUGCUGGGAGGAGAUGCUCGAGGCCGACGUGGUCCCGGACGUGCUGAUGCUCAACUCGUUGCUGGAGCUCUACGCGCGCGGCUCCGACGUCGACUCGGCCCUGCAGCUCUUCGAGAGCAUGAGGGAGUGGGGCGUGCGGCCAGACGCCUACACGUACACCAUCCUCGUCCAUCUCUUCGCGCUGCGGCGGGAUACCGAGGGCGCCAUCCACGCUGUCAAGGCCAUGGUCGCCGAUCGCGUUGAACCCAAUGUGGUGACUUGGACCGCCUUGCUCAACGCCUAUGUCGAAUCCUCGUCGUGGGACGCCACCAUCGGGCUCUUCCGCUGGAUGCAGAACAAUCCCAAGCGCUCGCUGCGGCCGAGCGUGGCGACCUACAACACGCUGCUCAAGGCCUAUGUCAAGCGGGCGAUACCGAUCCAGACGGUCAUGUCGACGGCGACCGACAUGCGCAGACUCGGCAUAGAGUGGAACGAGUACACGUUUGCGCUGGUCCUCCAGAGCGCGUGCGACGCCGGCCUCAUGAUCAUUGCCGAGGAGAUCUUCACGCAGGCCGAGGCGAGGCUGCCGCCUCCUCCCGGCCUGCGGGCGGGACAGGGCGCCAACCUCUACCACUUCACCAUCAUGAUCAACGGAUAUCUGCGAUGGGGCAACAACGAGGAGGCCAAGGAGUACUUCAACGAGCUUCAAGACCGCGGCAUCGAGCCGAGCGCCAUCACCUGGUCUGCCAUCGUUUCGAGCUACGCAAACAGCGACAAUGAGGACAACUUCCACCUCGCCCGCACGCUGGUCACCCAGCUGGUCAGCGACGAGGUGGUCAGAGGCCUGCAGAGGCCCAAGUGGAAGAGCCCCGCUGUCCGCCAGGGCCCGCCCUACGAGAACAUGUUCAUGCCGCUCCUGGUCGCUCACGGCCGGCGCGGAGAGAUUGACGAGGCCGAGGAGACUGCCGACAGCCUGAUGUCGACGGGCUCCGGCCUGUCGCUCUACACGCUCACGGCGCUGCUCGACGCCUACCGAAGGGCGGGCGAGGUGGACAAGGCGAUGCAGCUCUACGAUACCAUGUACGAGCAGGUUCUGCGCGACACCAACAUCGACCUCUCGCGCAUGUUCACCGACGCCGAGGACCUGCGGGAGCAGAUGCAGACGCAGAGGGACGGGUCCAGGCGGCCGGGCUUCAGCCUCGAGACGUCACACAAUGUGGAUCCCGCUCGCCGCAGCAUGCUCUGCAUGCCCAUCUCGAUCAUGAUCCAGCUGCUGUCGGCCGCCGGCCGCCACGACGAGAUUGCACAGAUCUGGUCGCGGGCCAAGCGCGACGGCUUCGCCUUCGACCCACACAACUGGAACAACCUUGCCACCGCCAUGGCCCGCGCCGGCCAGCUCGAAGAGGCGAUGAUGGUCAUCGAACGCGUCCUCCACCAUCCGGUACCAGACUACCGCGGCCGGAAGAGCAGAGACGACCGAUUCCGUACGAUCGCUCCCGAAGAGUUUGACGACGACGAAGACAUCGAGCAGGGCUCGGAGCACCGCAGCGAGCAUUCCAUCCGCUUUUCGCAGGAGGACGAUCCGCUGUCGAUGAAGGAUCUGUACCCCUCGUACCUCUACAACGGCGAGGACCGGACCGCUUCGCCUGCCAACCCUCCGAACCGGCGGCACGAGUAUCGAUUCCGCGACGACCCUCACACCCCGCUGCCCUUUGACCCCAACGAGGACGUCAAGCUCGAGGAUGGCGGAGCGACGGAUGGACAGGCCAGCAACGCGGCCUCGCCUUCGUCUGCCAAGAGCCGCCGGGAGCGCGAGCGCGAGACUCAGCGUCGCGCCGCUGCGGUCCGCAACAUGACCCAGCACCUUUACGACCACAAUGCGUUUGAGAUGACGCUCAACCCGUGGUUUGCGCACUUCGAGACGCUCCAGGUGGUCACGGACGAGCUCGACCGGCUGCGCUUCGGCGAAGGGCAGGUGGGAUGGCGGACGGCCAACACGCUGCUGACCAAGCACAAGGUCGCAGCGCACAUCCUGGCUCAGCACCGCAAGAAGGUCGAAGCAAUCGAGGAGGCCAAGCGGCUAAAGGCCCAGAGGAGCGCGGGACGAGAUCUCUCCCGGUCGGCAUGA